ACAUUUUUUGCCUUCGUCUACCCUCCUCAGCCUGAACGUCGCGACUGCAAUGGAGGCCGCAUCCGCCUCGCGACGCGCCCGCAUCGAGGCUCUCAAGAAGAAGAAGUCCGAAUGGCUCUCGUCGCAAAGACAAGCAAAUGGAUCCAUCUCGUCGCGGCAGAGAAGGAUCGAAGCCCUACAACGAGCAGCAGCAGCAGCGGGAGAAGUAGAGGGUGAUGAGGAAGAGGACGACGACAAUCUCGCCACAGAGCACCUUGAAAGGCUCUCUAUAGCCCAGCUUCUCGCUAGCUUCAGGAGGCUGGCAGGACAGGGGAAGAAGUUGAGGAUCGAAGAGCUCAAAAAUACAAUCGAGACUGACAUCGCUGGUUACCAAGAGGCUGUUCUCGCAGCAGACGAAGCGCGGAGGGAGCAAGAACUCGAUCUCACGAAUAUCGCUCCAAAGAAGCUCAAUUGGGAUCUGAAGCGUGACAUGGAGAAGCGAUUGGCGAAACUUGAGCGACGAGACAAGGAGGCGCGAUUGAUUCUCAUCCGGCAACGGGUGGCCGCGGCGGCGAAGAUGGGAGACGGGACAGCACCUGCGACGGGAAGCGCUCCCGCAACGACGCUAAGCGCCCAAGAGGCCCAACUGGCCGCGAGCACGAUGGGAAGGGGCAGCAAUGGCAUGGAUCAGCUCGAUGACGAGGACGACAGCGACGAGGAAGGAAGCGAUUAGAUGGGCCGGUUGCACCCUGCAUCUUUUGUACCAUAGCAUUAACAGUAAGGCACAUGACUUUCUUCAGCUCAGGGUCCAAGAGAGGGGGCUAUGGACAGGAGCUAGACCUA